AUGGCUGCGCCAUUGCAAGAGCGACGAUGGUGGACUGGGGAUGAGGACAGGAUUUUGCUCCAGGAAGCGGAGCUCCAGCGAACAGAGGGAGGAACUAAAAAUUGGAAUGCCAUUGCAGAAAAGCUCCCUGGCCGGACGAAUAAAGACUGUCGCAAACGAUGGCACAAAAUUGGUCCCAAUAUCAAAAAAGGAGUUUGGACUCCUGAAGAAGAUGCCCGGCUGCAGGAGGCAGUCAGUUUGUUUGGCUUAAAGUGGACCCGUGUUGCAGAGUUUGUGGGAUCUCGCAACGCUGAUCAUCCGAGCUUGAGUCACACCCCAUGGACAGAGGAGCAAGAUCAGCUUCUCCUGAUGGUUGUUAACAAAUUUGGGCACAACUGGAGCAAAAUCAGCAGUACAGCGUUCGGAGACAGAUCUACAUCUGAUAUCAAAAACAGGUAUGGGAUCACACAGACACAGUCCUUUGACAAUCAUUUCAGGAGAGACACCAGGCGAAGGAAACGAAACACAUCCGUCAGCAACACGGUGGCAUCCCAAAUCGACGAUGAGAAUCAUUCAGAUCUCGGCUGGCCAGAGUCCGGCACACUUCCAGAACCGCCCAGGAACGCACUCCUUGAUGUUGGCACCACCCCCUCGUUAGAUUCCAGUUCUGAAACACCCGUCAGUAUCGACUAUCUUUUAGAGAAUACCGAUAUUGCGCAACUGUCAGAGAUGAAUGGCCUUAGUAACACCUCCAUCUCGCCCUAUGAGGAUGUUACGUCGAAGGACGCCAUGGCGGACCCCGAUCCCGACUUCAGGAAGUUCCUGCAUCAUUUUGACCCUUCCCAAGCUGCAGAUUUUGAUGGGGGCAAUUGGGACGCAGAUAGCCAUCUCAGAGCAGUCACACGGGGGGGCUUUGGGAGAGAAGAGACCAACCACGCGAACAACGGGGAGUGGCCUGAUUCCAGCCACAUCGCAUCAACAAAUCCGACAGAAACAGAUACAGGAUCGCAAUCUUGCACUAGCACCUUGGUUCUGGAGGAGAUGGAGCCGCAGACUGUAACACUUGUGCUCAGCACGCUCUUGGGCAGCAAUUCCCGCUUCCGGAUGCGGAUUGACAACAAUUAGGUGCUCUUGGCAGUCUCUGCAUUUUUAUGUGUUCCUGGUCUGGUUCUCUAGUCGGUUUCUUCCCCUUCUCUCAGACUCAAAUGCCCCAUAUUCCUACAAAAAUCAAUUAGAGAAUCAAUCAGACUAACAGGUGGGUGUCUACUCGCGAUGCUCGCUUUACAGUGAGCAUAUGGUUGAUAUAUUGGAAUCCUGGAAUGCAUCGGCGCAAGAUUCGCCCGUGCCCACCAUUUUCCAAGCCAGCAUUGCUUAAAAAAAUAUAAGCUAACAUUUUCUCUUAACAGGCUGAAUUCAGAGAGGCUCUAUAAAUAAAUUGAUCAGAGCUGAUCCGAUCAGCGUUGGAAUCUGGACCGGAACGGACAACCACUGCGAUGCUUGUCGUUGCCAUGAAGCUUCUAAUAGGCCUGUGGUUGCGAGAGGUUCGGCCGAGACUGCUUGAAGGUCACAUGAGGG